CAACUGAUUGUUAGACUACUCUACUCUAACCUAUAAUUUCGUUUCAGUUCAGACACGCACGUUGUUUUGUGAUUAUUAUAAAAUAUAAGUCGAAAUACAUUUGUUGACUACAACGGAAUAUAGUUUUUUUUUAGUACGUUUACUAAAUAAUAUCAAGAUGAGUGAGUUCGUCGACAGUCGUAUGGAAUUAAUGAUUCCUGAGAUGAAAUUAAUGUUGAGAAACAAAUUAGCAACCAAAGAUGAAAUAAUGGUCCUUAUUAAAAGACGUAAACACUUUGAACACAAAUUGGCAAAGCAUACAAAAUCUAAAACGGAUUUUAUAAAUUUUAUCAUGUUCGAGACGAACUUGUUUCAAGAUAUUAAGAAACGUAGAGAUAUUUAUAAUAUAAGGAAAGAUGUAGAUAAAAUUGACUUGUCAGUUGCUAGGCAUAUUGAUAGUUUAUACAAAAUUGCUUUAAGCAAUUACUCGGCUGAUAUAUCCUUAUGGAUGUCAUAUAUAGAAUACUGUAAAAGUGUUGGAUUUAAAGAUUCCAUAUCUAAAGCAUUUGUUCGUUUGCUGCGGAUUCAUAUGGAUAAAACUCAGUUAUGGGCAAUGGCAGCUAAAUGGGAAGUCGAGGAUAAUAACAACGUUGCAAAUGCCCUUGCAUAUUUAGCCAGAGGCAUAGGGCAUCACCCCAACGAUGCAUGCUUACAUUCUGAAGUAUUUAACUUGACUUUAUUACAAUCGGGUAAGAAAAAUGAGGUUCCAGACAUCAAGCAGGCAGAGGUUAUUUAUAAUACAGCUGUAAAAAAUAUUAAAGAUGUAGACUUUUUGAUUGGUUUAAUGAAAAUUGCAGAUAAAUAUCCUUUUGCUCGCCCAUUACGUGAUAGAAUUGUAAGUGAUUUAAAAGAAAUGUAUCCCAAAGAAGAAAAGGUCUGGCAUUACAUUGCAAAACUAACUUUGAUGAAUAAAAAUACUAUAAAAUGUUCAAAUGAAAGGUUUGAGUUGUGUCUGUCUAUAUACAAAGAAGCUGUUGCGGCAAUACCAACCAAGAACAUGUGGAGAUGGUACAUUGAGACUCUUGUUGAGUUGAAUAGUGAUUGUGAAUGUUUUAUUGUUGAUGAAAGAAUUGCACUUGAAGAAGCAAUGGAAGAAGCUCACAGUUUGGGGAUGAUGGAAGCCGAACACUACAUGGAAUGGUUAAAACUUCUUAAUACCAAAAGUGGAAAAGAGGAGGAAAUUUUAAAAAUAAUGAGUGACUUGUCUAAUAAAAACAUGUUAUCAGUAGAUCUCUGGCUAGUUCUUCUACAAUAUCAUUUGAGUCGUGGAGAGCAUAAUAUUGGCCAACAAGUGUUUGAAAAAGCUAUAAAUGCCUUGGGUGAAGAUGCUUAUUUAAUUUGGAAAGCAAAUAUUAUGUAUUUUAUUUCCCUACCAGAUGAUGAUGCUGGUGAGAAAGUUCAAGAAAUGUUUUUGGCGGCGUUGCAACAACCUCCAAAGAUCUCACAACCCAUGAAGCCCAGGUAUCUCGAAUGGCUUGCAAUGUCCAAGAAUAUUACUUGGGCACGAAAUGCAUAUAAGGCCUUGGUUCAGUUUCCACCAUUCUGUUUAGAUUUACAUAGAAAAAUGGCACAACUUGAAUCUUCACAAGUUGAUCCAGAUAUGGAUAAUUGGAGGAAGUGCCAUGAAGAUGCUACUAGGUUAUUUGGGAAAUGUAAUAAAGAUGUUUGGAUUGAUUUUAUUAAAUUUGAAAUGACUGAUGGGGGGCAACCAGAAAAGGUCAAUAUUUUGUAUAAUGAAGCGAAACAUAACUUAAAGCAAGACUUGGUACACAUGUUCGAACUAGAUUUUACUCAACUAACAUCAUCUCUUGCUGAAAAUGAAGUAGAAGGGUAAAACGAUAUUUUA